GUCAGUGAUCUUGAGUUGGGAUCCGACAUCCCAGCACUGGCUGAUUGGGCUUGGCUCACCAUCGCUGUAUUCUCAGCCAACUUCUCCUUUCAAUCGAUGAUACAAACUGUUCCCAGGAUUUCCAUCCAUGGUCCCUGACCUGCUAACUACUAUAUCAUCCUACAUUAAAAAGAUUUGUAAAGGAAUGUUUACAAAGAAAUUGGCAAACCCAAUAAAGAAGAAAGAGAGAAGUGAAAAUAAUGAGCCCAACUUGACCACUGAUUUGCAAGCUCACAAUCCAACUCUCUCGACCACGCUGAAGACCACCGUUCAAAAGAUUUCAAAAUGCUCCGUGGCACGCAAGAUCUCUCUUGAAGAAGACGACGGAAAGUACGACUGCUCAUCCCUGUCACCCACUUUCAGUUAUCGUGUAGCUAUCGCAAAUGGACUGCCGAAAAACUCUCUUUUUUUAAACAACAAUGAAAGUAUCUUUCCUGAGGUUCUUUCAAUUGAUGGUAGAUACUCUGACUCUUUGAGUGAGACAAAACUUGUCAGGAGAUUGGAUGAGCAUAAAUCACACACUAUGCCAGUAAGACGAAACAGGAAGAGCCUCAUCAGUUUGGCUCCCUCUGAUGGCAGCUCUGAGGGCGAGCGAGUGGAACGCUCCAGUCUACAAACACUUCGGCUGGGCGCUCUACGCAAGUUAAGAAAAUGGAAAAAGAGUCAGGAAUGUGUCUCCUCGGACUCCGAGGUGAGCAAUUGGAGGAAAACCUUGGGCAUCCGGAGCAAGUCCUUGGACCGCGCUGGACGGCAGCAAAAGAGCUCAACCCUGGAGCCUGGAUCGUCCUCCACGGGUUGCAUCAGUCAGACCCAGGAUGUCAUGGAGAUGAUCUUUAAGGAGCUUCAGGGGAUCAGCCAGAUAGAGACAGAACUAACUGAGCUACGUGGCCAUGUAAAUGCCCUCAAAAGCUCCAUUGAUGAGAUCUCCAGCAGUGUGGAAGUAGUUCAGACUGAGAUUGAGCAGCUCCGCACAGGAUUUGUCCAGUCUAGAAGGGAAACACGAGAUAUUCAUGACUACAUAAAACAAGUUAGCCACCAGGCCAAUAAUUCAACCUUGAAGUUCCUUAAUGUUCCUGAAGAAAAGUCGGAAAAAACCGAGAGUGUAAUUUAUAAAAUACUAAAAGACAAAAUGGGUUUCCUUGAUGUCCUUAAAACAAUUAAAAUAGAGCUUGCUCACAGGUUAGGGAAACAAAGAGAAUGUUCAAAUGCAAAACCCCGCCCUAUUAUUGUUAUGUUUACAACAACUCAAGAGAGGGAUAUAGUCUUGAAAAAGUGCUAUAAACUUAAAGGAACAGGCAUCACAGUCUCCACUGAUAGCUUAAGUCAUGAUGGAAAGGAGCGAAAAGACAAAACAAUGUCUUCCUCACAAACCUAUGAAAGAAUGGAUAUAAAGGCCUCAGGAAAGGAUAAAGUGGAGAGCGAUGACUGGGACUCAAUGGACAGUGAUAAAGAAUUAGAUGAAUUAAGCCGAAAUAAAUAUGCAUUGGUGGUUUCGAAGCCUGCUCACAAGAGCAAAUCAGAGAAGAGGCGAUCCCAUACCCAUAGUAGGUCGGGAGAGGAAGCAGGCUGCUCAGGCGCCUAUGCUGAUGACUCUUACUAUGACCCAGACAAGCAUACAAAGACUUACUACUCGGAUUUGACCCCUGGUUGGCUUUCUCAGAGUGACUAUUCCACCCCUAAACUCAGCCGCUCUGAGUCUGACUGCUCAAAACUUUGCCAGUCAUACUCGGAAGACUUUUCAGAAAGUCAGUACUUUACACGGGCAAAUGGCGGCUCCAUGCUGUCCUCCUCGGAUCAGGAACUGUGGCAGAGAAAACAAGAAGACAUGGCUUCCUUCUGGUAUGCUAGCGAUAGUCACCAACUCAGCCAUGAGAAUCAAGCAUAUGAACACAAUGAGGUGGAGACUACGGAAACUAUUGACAGUGGGGUGAGCAAUGGACUGGUCUGCAUGUCUGGGGACCGAAGCCACCACAGUGGCUCCCAGUUGUCUCUGCAAGGGGACUUAUCACCCUGGAAAGACUGGCAUCAUCUAGAGCAGGGUGCAGAUUCUGGCUUGGAAGCCUCCAUAGAGAUUAGCAGUCCAUUUGACCCAUCAACCAUACCAGGUUUUCCAGAAAACAUCACAAAAUGUCAGGAGGUUGAUCUACAAUUUGAGGGAGAUGAAGAAUUCAUGAUGCUUGACAGAGAAACUUCCCUACCACCAAUAACCACCCACAUUAUUACUCCUGUCACAGAACGUGAGUUUGUCAUCAAGCCAUCUCCCCGGCAGUCCAAGGAGGGAAAUAAGAUGAUCACAAAAGAAAACACUAAAAUAUCAUCUAAAGAUACUCAUAAAGCUGCUGGUAAAAUGACACAUAAACAGACCAAAUUGGCACCUAAAGAAGAAGCAAACAUCAAAAUACUGCCAAAAGAAAGCUCGAAGGUAUCUGCUAAGGUUCCAUCUAAAGUGACCUCUAAAACAGUUCCGAAAGAGUCACCGAGGGAGAUUCAGAAAUCAGCAGCUAAAGAAUUCAUUCAACCCGUCCCUCAAGAAAGCUCGAAAGUCACACCUAGAGAUGCCACAAAACCUAGUGUUAAAGAAGUAUCUAAAGUGACAUCCAAGAUAACCUCUAGUGAGGCUGCUAAAGUGACAACUAAAGUGACUCCAAAAGCUAGCCCUACAAUCACUCCGAAAGAAAGUCCAAAAGAGUCACCGAAAGAGAGCCCUAAAAUAACCCCAAUUGAGAGCCCUGUUUCAACUUCUAAAGAGUCCCCUAAAGAAUCCCCUAAAGAGUCUCCCAAAGUCAUUGCUAAAAAUCCCCCACAAACUGCAUCUAACGAAGUUCUGAAAGUUGUUGCUAAAGAGGUUACCAAAGAAGCUGUAAAACUACCCCCAAAAGAGGUAUUGAAAGAGAUCCCUAAGGUAACAUCGAAGGAGAUUGGUAAAGUGCCCACAAAAGAAAUGUCUAAUAUUCCACCUAAAGAAAUGUCUAAUAUUCCACCUAAAGAAGUUUCGAAAAUUCCACCUAAAGAAGUUUUGAAAAUUCCAUCUCAAGAAGUUUCUAAGAUUCCACCUAAAGAAGUUGCAAUGGUAGCCCCUAAAGAGAGUCCUAAGGUGUCCCCCAAAGAGACGCCUAAAGCCACCCCGAUAGAAGCCUCUAAAGAAGGACCCAAAGUAGCCUCUCAAGAAGGACCCAAAGUGGCCUCUAAAGAAGGACCCAAAGUAGCCUCUAAAGAUACCCCUAAGGAAACCCCCACAGUCAUUUCUAAAGAUAAAUUCCCUGAACUGGAUGUCAAUCAUAGCUUCCACCAGACCCAGCCUAAGUCUUCAGCUAUGUACCGCAGUCAGAGUGAGAUUCGCCCCGAGAAGGUUGAGGAGGUUCCCAAGUCUUGGAGCAGUAGGCUGAGCAUAGAUCUUACUGAGAAGUCCUUUGGCUUUGGCUUCGGCUCUACACUGCAAAGGGCUAAGUCAGCUUUGGAAGUUGUUUGGAAAUCUGGCCCUCCAACUCCUACCCCUGCUCCUCCUGAGGAGACCACACAUUCAUCAUUUAUGGGACGUUUCCGCACCCUGUCCACUUCUGGUAAAAAUAACUCAAGUUCGACAACAGACUCCGAUGCUACCACCGAGCACGUCUUCAACAAGGCAGAGGAAGAAAAAGCUGGUGCAGAGGCAGAAGCUGGGGAAGAACCAGUGGACAAUGAGACCCACUAUGUUGAAGUGAUGGAGCAGGUAUUAGCUAACUUAGAGAACAUAAGUACUGCUAAUGAGACAGAUGAGACGGAUGAUCCUGCACAGGAGUGUGAGACUUCUCAGGACUAUGAUGUGUCUGAGGCCUCACAAGACAAUGAUCCCUUUGAGGAUUUUGAUGCCUCUCAAGAUUUGGAUGUGACAGAAGACCCUGAGACGGCUAAGGAGGCAUGUGUUCUGGAGCAUGAAAGCAGUUUGAAUGAAAAGUACAAUGAAGAAUAUGAAACCCAACUCCCAGAGGACACUGCUGAAUAUGACGCAAUGGUGGAGUACGUAGACGUUGAAGAUGCGGAUGACAAUGAUGUCUCAGAGGAGACAGAAGAGGGCGAUGAUGAGGUAGAGGAGGUAGAGGAGAUCAUAGAGGAGGUCGCUGAGGGAUCUGAAAAAGUAGAGAAACAGCAGGAGGAUGAAAACAAAAAUGUUCCAGAGAAGAAGCCUACAGAGCCCCCACCCAAGAAACAUGUGAGACCCACAUUCAAGGAGGCAGCACUGAGGGCCUACAGGAAGCAGAUGGCUGAACUGGAGCAGCAGAUCCUGGCAGGGGACAGCAGUGCUUUGGACUCACAGCCUCACAGCAUUCUGGACCCCAAACUGCUCGGCCUGCAGACCGGAGGGACCGGCAGUAUUCUUUAUGGUAUUGACAGCAUGCCAGAUUUACGCCGCAAGAGGACAGUGCCUCUUGUCCGAGACCUGACCCUCACUGCUCGAAAGGCAGGCAUCUCGUUCGCUCUGGUGAACCGCUCCACCCUGAACAAUGACGAUCUGAAACUACACGUCUUCAAGAAGACCCUCCAGGCCUUGAUCUACCCCAUUUCCUCCACGACGCCCCAUAACUUCGAGGUGUGGACGGCGACGGCGCCCACCUACUGCCACGAGUGCGAGGGGCUGCUGUGGGGCAUCGCCCGCCAGGGCAUGCGCUGCUCCGAGUGCGGCGUCAAGUGCCACGACAAGUGCCAGGACCUGCUCAACGCGGAUUGUUUACAAAGGGCGGUGGAGAAGAGCUCCAAGCACGGGGCGGAGGACAAGACCCAGAACAUCAUCAUGGCCAUGAAGGAGCGCAUGAAGAUCCGGGAGAAGAACAGCCCCGACGUGUUCGAGGUGAUCCAGGAGAUGUUCCUGGUCUCCAAAGAGGACUUCACCAGCCACCUGAAGACCGCCAAGCAGGCCGUCCUGGACGGGACCUCCAAGUGGUCCGCCAAAAUCAGCAUCACAGUGAUGAGCGCUCAGGGUUUACAGGCCAAGGACAAGACCGGCUCCAGCGACCCGUACGUCACCGUCCAGGUGGGCAAGACCAAACGCAGGACCAAGACCAUCUUCGGCAACCUCAACCCGGUCUGGGACGAGAAGUUCUACUUCGAGUGUCACAACGCCACCGACCGCAUCAAGGUGCGCGUGUGGGACGAGGACGACGACAUCAAAUCGAGGGUGAAGCAGCAUUUCAAGCGCGAGUCGGACGACUUCCUGGGCCAGACCAUCAUCGAGGUCCGCACGCUGAGCGGGGAGAUGGACGUCUGGUACAAUCUGGAUAAAAGGACGGACAAGUCUGCGGUGUCCGGUGCCAUCAGACUCAAGAUCAGCGUGGAGAUGAAAGGGGAGGAGAACGUGGUUCCUCCUCACGGCCAAUACACCUGUUUACACGAGAACCUGUUCCACUGCCUCACGGAGGUGAAGAACAGCGGCGUGGUGAAGAUCCCUCAGGUGAAAGGGGACGAGGCGUGGAAGGUCUACUUCGACGACGUGUCCCAGGAGAUAGUGGAUGAGUUUGCCAUGAGAUACGGCGUGGAGUCCAUCUAUCAGGCCAUGACGCACUUCUCCUGUCUGUCCGCCAAAUACAUGUGUCCCGGCGUACCGGCGGUGAUGAGCAACCUGCUCGCCAACAUCAACGCCUACUUCGCCCACACCACCACCACCACCACCACCACCGCCUCCGCUUCGGACCGCUUCGCCGCCUCUAACUUUGGGAGGGAAAAAUUCGUCAAAUUACUGGACCAGCUGCACAACUCACUGAGGAUCGACCUUUCUAAAUAUCGGGAUAAUUUCCCUGCAGGAAACGCAGAGCGUCUCCAAGAUCUCAAGUCCACCGUUGAUCUUCUGACCAGCAUCACCUUCUUCAGGAUGAAGGUACAAGAGCUCCAGAGUCCACCGAGAGCCAGCAUGGUGGUGAAGGACUGCAUGAAGGCGUGUCUGGACUCCACAUACAAAUACAUAUUCGAUAACUGUCAUGAAUUGUACAACCAACUCCUGGACCAGAGCCGGAAACAGGACAUUCCCCGAGAGGAGCAGGGCCCGUCCAUCAAGAACCUGGACUUCUGGCCCAAACUCAUCACUCUCAUUGUGUCGGUCAUCGACGAAGACCGGACAGCUUACACGCCCGUCGUUAACCAGUUCCCACAGGAGCUGAACGCGGGAAAGAUCAGCGCCGAGAUCAUGUGGAGCCUCUUCGCCCUCGACAUGAAGUACGCCUUGGAAGAGCAUGACAAGCACCGCCUAUGCAAAAGUACUGAAUACAUGAACCUUCACUUCAAAGUCAAGUGGUUCCAUAAUGAGUACGUCCGUGACCUGCCGGCCUUCAAGAAUGUUCCACCUGAGUAUUCUCUGUGGUUCGAGCCAUUAGUAAUCCAGUGGCUCGAUGAGAACGAGGACGUUUCCAUGGAUUUCCUUAACGGAGCACUGGGCAGGGACAAGAAAGACGGAUUCCAGCAAACCUCGGAGCACGCCCUCUUUUCCUGUUCGGUGGUGGAUGUGUUCACUCAACUAAACCAGAGCUUUGAGAUCAUCAAGAAGCUGGAGUGUCCGAACCCUCAGGCUCUGGCUCACUUCAUGUGCCGCUUUGCAAAGACUAUCAACAAAGUUCUUCUGCAGUACGCUGUGAUCAUAGCCAAGGACUUCCCUUUGUAUUUGAGUAAGGAGAACGUGCCCUGCAUCAUCCUCAACAACAUUCAGCAGCUCCGGGUGCAACUGGAGAAGAUGUUUGAGUCCAUGGGCGGAAAACAGCUGGAUGCUGAGGCCAGUGAUCUACUUAAGGAGCUGCAGAAUAAACUCAACACGGUGCUGGAUGAGCUCAGCGGAGUGUUUGGCUCCAGUUUCCAAGAUGUGAUCGAGGACUGCGUGAAGCAGAUGAACCAGGAGCUGGUCCAGAUGAAGGGGCCGGCCAAAGGGAGCAACGCCGCCAUGGAUGCAGAGACCGUCCUCCGGCCUCUUAUGGACCUCCUGGAUAAGAAUUUGAUGUUAUUUGCCAAGAUAUGUGAGAAGACAGUUCUGAAGCGGGUCCUCAAAGAGCUGUGGAAGAUCGUGCUGAACACCAUCGAGAUAACCAUUGUUCUGCCUCCGCUGAGUGACCAGAGUCAGGGAGCUCAGAUGAUCUUCAACGCCGCCAAGGACUUGGGACAGCUGUCCAAACUGAAGGAGCAUGUGACUCGAGAGGAAGCCAGAAGUCUGACUCCGCGGCAGUGUGCGGCCUUGGACCUGGUGCUGCCCACCAUCAAGCAAUACUUCCACGCCGGAGGAAACGGGCUGAAGAAAACCUUCCUUGAAAAAAGCGCCGAUAUGAAGUCCCUCAAAUAUGCUCUCAGCCUUUACACUCAACCUACAGAUGCCUUGAUCAAGAAAUACAUAUGCACCCAAAUCUCUCAAGGUCAGUCAUCCAACGGCUCCGUGGGGGAGGUGUCAAUGCAAGUGAAUCUCGUCUCUCACCCUGGCACCGGAGAGCACAAAGUCAGCGUUAAGGUGUUGGAAGUGAACAACCUCAUCUGGCAAACCAACACCAUGUUCCGGCCGUUUGUGGAGGUCAACGCCGUCGGCCCACAGCUGACCGACAAGAAGCGCAAAUUCAGCACCAAGACCAAGAAUAACAACUGGUCACCAAAGUACAACGAAACAUUCCAAUACGUUCUCAGUAACGAACACGGCCCGGAGGCCUACGAGCUGCACAUCUCCGUAAAGGACUACUGCUUCGCCCGCGAGGACCGCGUCAUCGGCAUGACGGUCAUCCAGCUGAGAGAGCUGGCGGACAAGGGCAGCUGCUCCGCCGGCUACCCGCUGGUGAAAAGCAUCUGCAUGGACGAAACUGGCCUCACCAUCAUGAGGAUACUCUCUCAAAGGACCACCGACGAGGUGGCCAAAGAGUUUGUGCGUCUCAAGAUGGACACGCGCUCGGCGGAGGAAGUAUCGUAAUGUGCACCAAAAAAAAGAAAUGCAGUAUUACAGGAAGAAAAAAAAAGUUGUGUCGUCUUAAGUGGGAGAUAUAUAAAGAAAAAAAAGUGAGACGGGGAGGAAGCGAUAGCAGCAGAUGCUCUUUCUGGAUAGAAGCUGGAGAAUGAGAUUGUCCAAAGAGAAGCGCAGGAGGCCCAAAUGUGGCCGAGGCAGCAAGACAAGCGAGAGAGAAAGGGGUUGUGUUUGUUUGUUUGUUUGUUUUUGUGCAUGUGCGUAAAAAAAAACAUCUGUUGGAAUGUUCAUUUUAAAAACUACAGUAUGUACAAGUGUUUACUUACCGUAUGCUUACUAUCAAGUACUAUAUUCUAUGAGUUAUGUUGAGACAUGAAAUACCUUUUUGUACAACAUUUAGUCUUUUUUGAACAGAGAUUUGUUCCAAUAAAGUGCCAAACCAGUGGAGAAAAAAAAAGAACAAAAACCAACGUAUAUGAAAUUAUGGUGAACUUUGUAUGUUUGAAAUUUGCUCGAUUUUAUUUUGUCCGGUGUAAGUCGUUUUUUCUGACUGUGGCGUUUUUCGAUUGUUGCAAAGUCUUUUGUUUUUGUUUUUGCAUCCUGUUUUUUUCGGUUUUGUUUGGGCUUCACGUUCUUCUUCCACAAAGCACUGUUGUGCAUGUCCUCUUGUCGGUCAUGUCUCUCCCACCGAGUUGGGUCCCGCCCCUCUUUGCCUUCAAAACUGUUUGUAUUUUAAGUCGACCUGAAAAUAGACCGUGUUUUUUUAAAUGGCGAUGACUGCUAUGUAAAUCUUCAUAGGUGUUUGUAAUUUUAUAACCAUGACAACAAUGACGACAGCCAUCCAGUGCUAACAGUCUUAGCGGAAAGGAUGGAGAUGUUUUCCUUUUCUUUGGCUCUUUUGUUCUUUUUGUUUUUUGGCCAUCAGCUUCCAGCCUUUCUGAAUGACCACUGUGAACAUGAGCUUUGGAAGGCAAGCUUACACCACAUUGUUUGAUAUUAUUGUUUCAUAUUUUUCCGAUAACUUUGUUCUCGAUAAACUGCCAAAGUUAUAUGAAAUAUUUGUACAAAAGCAAUCCAUUACAUGUAUUGAAUAUAAAUAUGUACAUGUGA